CACUUCUCCAUGCAGAUGCUCCACAUCGCUGACAGGAAUGUGACCUGGAGUCUCCUUCAGCGCAGCUGCUCGUUGAUCCGGAGCCACAUGAUUGAAACGCAUGGUGACAAUUUCAGGCCUCCGCCUCUCCGAAUCUCCCGAGCAGUCAGGAGGAGCCACAGUGCCCCUCUGGUCCUCCUCUGGUCCCCCUCUGGUCCCCCCGCGUCCAACCUCUACCAGGAUUAACUUCACUUCAGCUUGAGGACCAGCAGAUAUGGACAGGAAAAGCUCUGCAUGGGUCUGGCUGCUGUUUCCUCUGGUGGGCGCCGGCGUGGCAGAGACCACGGACCCUUGGACACACCUGGAAAGCAUCGCGGGGAGGUUGGUUUUCUAUCAGAUGGAGGGGAACGCUACCCGAGUGAGGAACACUGGAGAACUGGCCUCGCGUGUUCCCACCAAGACCACGUUUGAACGCUUCGACCCCCAGAAGAAUUUCAGCACGGCAAAGUUCACCUACACGUGGGACUUGGGGGACGGACAGGUGAUCCGAGGGAGGGAGCCGGUGGUCCGCUAUCGCUACAGCGCCUCGGGGAACUACACACUGCGCCUCAAAGUGGGAGCGAACGUGACCACAUAUUCACCCGCCAUCGCCGACGUCUACUCCACCGAGGUCCAGGUCCUGGACGCCAUCAAAAGCAUCGAGCUGAAGGGGCCUUCAGACUACCAGGUGUCUAAGAACACAAGUUUGGCUUUUCAUGUCGAUGGAAGGUAUCUGAACAAAAAUGCGUCUCCUUUUGAAUUUGACGUCUUGGAAUUGAAUAUGCGUCACCAUGCUUCUCUCUCCCCUGUGUGUGUGUGUGUGUGUGUGUGCAGUCCUCCCAUGUGGGUGUGCUGGCGUUUCCUGACCGACUGCGUGGCGGACGAGGCGGCGAGCUGCACGCUGACCGCGCUGUACGGAAACACGCUGCGACUGAACCACACCUUCACCGCCGCGGGCGUCCACUGCGUCGACAUCAGCGUCCACAACGACGUCAGCAGGAUGCAGACCUCCUUCAGCCUCUACGUCCGCAACAAUAACACCCACUUGAUCUUCAUCCUGUCGUGCGCUGCCGUUCUUCUAGCGACCUUCUCCUUCAUCGCGGUCAUCGCCUGCCGCCCUCGUCACCGCCACGGAUCCCAGGUUGCAACGUGCAGCAACGCCGUAUUUCUGAAGAACCAAGACGCCGAAGGUCAAAGCGCGAUCGUCUUUAACUUCUCCGACGUGGCGAAGGGAGAGAAGGAGCCUCUCCUGACGCAGCACGGGACACAGUAGUGCUCUUAACCUCCACGCCGCCCUCCGUCCGGGCUCAUGGAGACGGGAGAAGAUGCAGUUAUGGCCCCGCGGAGCAAAUCCCAUCUCGCAUGAAGAAGAAUCAUUUCUGCACAACACAUUUUAAUAAAAUGCCUUUUUUGUGUUUAGGAGUGUGUGAUCAGUGAGCAGGUAGCUCACACACUUUCUCUAUUAUAGAUGAUCGAUGAGUCCCAGACCUUUGGCUGACAUUCCCAUCAACUCAUAAUAAAUGAAUAGCACAACUGCAAGUCAUGUUUAAACAAUGAGUGUUCUUUUACGGAUGCUGUGAUCUGAUUAUUUAUUUAUGUGUUUUUCUAUGUUUAACGACGAUGAUGAUGCAACUGAUAUAAACAUGUCAAUCAAACUGAAACUAAUGCCAACUACUUUAGCAAGAAUUAAAAAAAGACAAAGCACAACAACACAUUAUUUUUUGUUUGUCUUUCAAUGCUUAAUACUCAUGUUUGGCUUGAAACAUGUCCACAGGGCGUUGCAUUGUGGGAGAAUAGUACGCGUUGACAGCGCAUUCACAAACGGAAGGUGUUUGGUAGACACGCUGUUUUCUUGUUAAACAUUCAAUGCACUAAAACACCCGCUGUGUGAUGAGAAGUCAAGAGAUCGACAAUCUUUUAAGAUUCAUCCUCUGGAUGCACAUUUCAUCGCAUUGCAACCAAACGUUGGUGGAAUAUUUCAGCCUGGACCAAAGUGUUGGAGCAUUGGAGCACACACGGUGCACCAUCCAUCCUUCCGUCAGCGAUGUCUCGACAUUGUCGACCGUGAGUCUCCUGACGAAUGAGUCGCUGUGGGAUCGAAGUCUGCAGCCUUUCACAGCUUUUAAGGCACACGGAUCUAAACUAUUUUUCAUUCACACACGUCAACUGAAGGAAAACAUUUGUGUACUCUCUUAUUAGAAAUGAUUGUUAUAUAUAUGUAAUAAUAUUGUUAUUAUUGUUAUUUGAAUUACGAAAGAAUAGCUGCAAUUUAAUCUGCAUGAUUGAAGCUUAAAGCUCAGAGAUGAUGUGAGCAACCGGUGCCUAUUCAAGCAUUCAGCGGAUCUGAGGCUACAUGGUUGAUAUGACAGUAUUCUUUAGUCCGGCUGUGCUGAUAUGAUGCUCGUCAAAUCAUUUUGUCUCAGCUUUUCAGCUGGUUGUCAUGGUAAAUAUUCUAUGUACUUUACAACGCCUCUUUGUCAUCAUUUUCUUCUUUCAUUUUACAUUUGUAGCACGCGAAAAUAAACCCAACAACCAAGCAACCUUUCUUCAAUACACUGUCAGUAUGUAAAACAAGCAAUAAAAUUAUGAACAGAAA